AAUAGGUUGAUGGUAUGAAUAUUUUGGCGGUUCGAGAAGCUUUUGUUUUUGCCAAAAGAUAUGCUCUGGAAAAUGGUCCAAUUAUAGUGGAAACGAUGUCCUAUAGGUACGGAGGACAUAGUGCAAAGGACAAGGGUUUUGGUUAUAGAUCAAAAGACGAAAUCGACUUAAUUAGACAAAGAAAGGAUCCAAUAGAGACUUUUAAGGAGAGAAUAUUGAUUGAAAACAUGACAGACGAAAACGAAUUGAAGCAUAUAGCUGAAAAUAUCAAAGAAGAAGUGCUAACUGCGGCAGAAAAGGUCAAGGGUCAUGAAGAACUUCCUGUUUCCUGUCUUUAUGAGGACAUCUACCAAUCUUUGCCCACACCCACACUGUUGUAGCGAAGUAUAAUACGCUCACCGUUCAUUUAAUUUCAUUAAAUAACGCCUGGUAUUGUUCCGGUUUGCUUGAUUUAUAUAUAUAUAUUUUUGUUUUGAUUACAUGUAUUUCAUUUCAUAUUUUUUAAAAAUAGAAAGAUUCUUGUUCGAGUAUAAUGAAUAUUUUAAAUAUACUAUUACAUAG